AUGUUAAUAUAUUAUAUUAUUUAUAUUAUAAGUUUAGUUUUUGCUAUUGAUGAUAAUGACUUUAUUUUAGAAGAAAAGGUAAAUGAAGAGUAUGAAUUUUACGAUGACUUUGGUGAUGACUUUGAUGAUGAUUUUGAUGAUGACAAUGAAUUUAGAGUAGAAGAUAAAACUAAUGAAAGAGAACAUUAA